AGUACCAAGCAUUUAAAUGAUAUCCAUUGCGCAAUGUUUGAAAUGCCAUCAAAUGAUUUAUCUUAUCGCAAAUAUAGCACGUUGAUCAAAUAAAAAAACAUUACUGGUGUAUUCAUGUUUAUACAAAUAACAUGAUGAAUAAAUAAUACGUUGUAUUAAAUACUCAUUCAAGUAUAAAUUACAUCGGUGAAAAAUUUGCAAACGUUGCUAAACUGUUCGUUGAUAGCGGCGCAUGUUCUUAGAAUGUGAAUUCUACUGUAUGAUAAUAUAUUUCUAUAAAGAACGUUUCAACGCUUCGAAGUUACCAGCCUAAAGCGGAAUGCAAACGUGGCUAUCUUCUCUCUACGUGUGUUCGAAUUUUUAUCACCUAUUAAAUGUCAAAAAGAAUUUCAUUUUAAUCGCAUUUAUCUAUUAGAAAAUAGUAAGAUAAAUAUGAGAAGACAAGAUAAAAUCAAUGAUUUACGAAGAUUACACCUUUAUUAAUAAUAAUGAACAAGUUGCAUCAAAUUAAUGGGCAAACAUUAAAAUAUGUCAGUUUGGUUACAUUGACUCUUCAAAAUGCAUUGGUUGGACUUAGUAUGCGUUAUGCUCGGACGAGAUCUGGGGAUCUCUUCUUGUCAUCUACGGCUGUUGUUAUGUCAGAGUUCUUAAAACUCUUGACAUGUUUGGUUUUGGUCUAUAUCGAGGAAGGCAAUUUAUUGAAAUUUUAUAUUGCCUUGAAACAAACCAUUGUAAAAGAACCUUUUGAUACAUUGAAAGUAUGCGUGCCAUCAAUUUUAUACAUUAUACAAAAUAAUUUACUUUACGUGUCAGCAUCAAAUUUAGAUGCAGCAACAUAUCAGGUGACUUAUCAACUCAAGAUUCUUACAACAGCUUUUUUUGCCGUUGUAAUUCUUCGAAGAUCAUUGAGAAGUUCUCAAUGGAGUGCAUUAAUACUUUUAGUUAUAGGAGUAGUAUUAGUACAAUUAGCACAAAGUGGAACAAAUAUGUUGCCAUCAGGCAUAGAACAAAAUCAUUUAGUUGGUUUCACAGCUGCCUUAAGCGCAUGUUUUUUGUCAGGUUUUGCAGGUAUAUAUUUUGAAAAAAUUCUUAAGGGAUCAGAUAUCUCUGUUUGGAUGAGAAAUGUUCAGUUAAGUUUAUUAUCUAUACCUUUUGGAUUAGCUACUUGCUUUAUAAAUGACGGCAAUAUUAUUAAAAGGCAAGGUUUUUUUUUUGGUUACGACUCGUUCAUUUAUUACUUAGUAAUACUCCAAGCGCUCGGUGGACUCAUUGUUGCUUUGGUUGUAAAGUAUGCAGAUAAUAUACUCAAGGGAUUUGCCACCUCUUUGGCCAUCAUUAUUUCAUGCAUAGCUUCUAUUUAUUUAUUUGAUUUUCAUUUAACAUUUCAAUUUACUUUUGGUGCAUUUUUAGUAAUCUGUUCAAUAUUUUUAUACAGCUAUCAACCUAAAGCAUCUAUUGAUAAACAUUCUUCUCUAGAUAAAUCUGAUGUAUAAUAAUAUAAUUGAUAAUCUUUUCUUUUUAUUUAGUUAUCUUUAAAAGAACCAAAUUGGUAUUUAAAUUAAUACUUAAAGUAAUUAUUAUUGUAAACACACGAAUUGUAUUAACAAUAUACUCAAAUGAUUCAUUUGAAAUGUAAAUGAUCAAAUCAAAUAUACGAAAGAGUUUUUUAUGAUUUUGGCAAAAAAUAACGGACUAAUGGAUAUUUGAAUAAAAUCAAUUAAUCCAUUUUUUAUAACUGUUAUAUUUUUAUAUAAAAAGUAUUAUAAUAUAUAAGGAUAUAAAAAGAGUAAAAUUCAACUUAAAAGUAUUUCUUUAUACGAGAUAGACUAUUAUUAAACAUCUUAUGCAAAUUUCAUACAUAUAGGUAUAGUAUAAUAACAAACUUGAUUAUUAGAUUAUAAAAAUAAUAGGUCCCUAUAAAUUAUGGUCAUGGCCUAGAAUUGAUCAUCGUUUUGAAGGUCAACUAUCUUUCUGUGUUAAGAACUGAAUAAAUUAUAUUUGAAAAAGAAAACUGAUCUUUGUAAAGCACAGAAUACAAAUUUAUUC